AAUCACCCUUCCAGACAACAUGACCAUCGUCGCUACUGGCGGAUCAGUGUCAUUUACCGCUGCUUCUAAUCGCGGCUUUGACUCCGGGAACCGGUCUUGUCGCGGCCGUAAUCGUCCUGGCCCUCGUGGGCCUGCACAUGCCAACAACAACAACUACAACAAUGGCAACAGAAACAACAGAAACAACAGAAACAAUAGCAACAACAAUCAGAAUCAACCUCAUAAUAAUCGGGGUCGGGGCAGACGAUGUCAGGGGCGUCGGAAUCAGAAUCGAAGGCAAGGGAAUAGAG